CAUGGAAGGUUUAACCCUGGCACACACUGUGUACGCUGUGGUAUUUGGUGCCAUCAUGGUGUUGGGUCUACCUCUGAACGCCGUAUCACUGUGGAUUUUGAUACGCCGCCACAGCCUGAAAUCCUCCAACGCCAUCCUCAUGGUCAACCUGGCAUUCUCAGACCUUCUGCUGGCAUUCUCGCUCCCCAUGAGGAUCUACUUUUACAGCACGGGCACCUGGACAUUCAGUGUGGGAACAUGCACGUGGCUCACAAUGCUCUUCCGAAACAACAUGCGCUCCAGCUCUAUUUUCAUAACCUUUAUCAGUGUUGACCGCCUGCUGGCUGUAGUUUAUCCUCUCAGAUCGCGCCACCUGAGAACGAGCUCCAACGCCUGGAAGUCUGCCAUUGCUGUUUGGCUCAUUCUCAUGGUGGUGACCAUCCCAGGUGGUGUGAUGUUUUCAAGAGGAUUAAAUAGCUGCAAUGAUUCUACAUGUUUUGAGUUGCCUCGCUGUGAGUGGAAUAACCCAGUAAAAAUUGUUCUGCUGUAUUCUACCUCUGCUUUUCUGUUAAUUGUCUUGGUUGUUAACAUUGUGUCCACCGCUUUGGUGGCUUGGACACUUAGCAGGCAUCUCAGCGACUCUGCACAGGUCAACAACAAGGUGAACGUCAUGCUUAUAUAUGUCAUGAAUCUGAUCAUGAUUAUCGUAUGCUUCUUGCCCCUGUCAUUGGCUCUUUUGUUCAAUAGUUGGAAACCUGCUCGUUAUCCACUGGUAUGUCUUACAAGUGUGAACUGCUGUCUGGAUCCAUUCUUGUAUUACUUUUCUUUGGAUGCCUUCUGGAAGAAAAAAGUAUCGCACAAGAACCCAGCAGUCUGGAACUGAUGCCAUAAGAUGACAUUUGCCAGUUGUGGAGUUUUUGCAUUGCGCAACAUAACAGAUUCUUCAGCAACUGUUAACUCAGAUUGUGUGAUGAGCUUUACCAUGAAAUCCUUGCCAGCAAUGGGACUGAUUUUGGGUGUUGAGGGUGUGCGUGGGUGGGGUAGUGCUUUUUAUAACUGGUCUUUCAUCACUAAACUGCCUGUCAUACAUUUGCAUCCACCUAAAGGAAUGUUUUUGCUCCCACUUGUUUUCCAGGAGACUUUUUGU